AUGCGUCUCUGCGGUGGUAGCAAAGUCGUCCAACGUAAGCUCGUUCUCCUCGGAGACGGUGCUUGUGGGAAAACAAGUCUGCUUAAUGUCUUCACGCGCGGAUUCUUUCCGACGGUCUACGAGCCCACCGUAUUCGAGAACUAUGUCCAUGAUAUCUUCGUCGACAACAUACAUAUGGAACUGUCAUUGUGGGACACUGCGGGGCAAGAGGAAUUCGAUCGACUGCGGUCGCUGUCUUAUGACGAUACCCAGGCGAUAAUGCUGUGCUUUAGUGUCGAUAAUCGAGGAUCAUUAGAGAACGUGAGCACGAAAUGGAUUGCCGAGAUCAAUGAACACUGCCCUGGCGUCAAGAUUGUGCUUUGCGCAUUGAAGUGCGACUUGCGUGAAGAGCACGAGAAAGAUGACGACGACGAAACUGGUACCCCCUCAAGACCUAUGAUUCAAUAUAAUGAGGGUCUAGAGGUUGCGAGGCGCAUUGGCGCAUUACGGUAUCUUGAAUGCUCUGCCAUGCGAAAUCGUGGAGUCAAUGAAGCUUUUACAGAGGCCGCUAGAGUCGCGCUUCAGGUCAAACCCACUAGAUCAAAAGAAGACUCCAAAUGUACAGUCAUGUGA